UUAUGUUGUCCAAAGAUGCAUUUUACAGAUUCGUAGCUUGAGGCGAGAUGUUUCAUGAAACCGGUUUUUAACCCCUUCUGUCCCUGCUUUAGAUAUGGAGAAGAGAUGACACCUUCAGGUCAGGAGCAGAGCUGUAGACUGUUAUUUUGGAGUUAAUUGCUAUAAAAUAGGGAAAUAAUUUAAAGAAUGGAGUUUGUCGAUGCUGCCCGGGUUCACUUUCUUUGUUGCAGCAUUAGCAGUAAUCCGUAGAUAACAUAAAGAUGCCCCUAUCUAGCAGCAUUAAAAGCAGCCUUGUGGGUGGAGAAAGCUGCAGGUUUUUUUUUUCACCCUGCUCGUUUUGUUCUUGGCAUCCUUCCAUUUUUCUGAACUUCUGGUACCCGACUGGUAAGACCUGAAACUUGCUGUUUAACAAGUGCCCGUCGCCAAGACAGUUGGUGCACGCGAUCAGCACUGCUACGUCUUCCCCCAGGAGCAGAAAGAAGACACGGUUCAAUGUGCAAACCUUCCCCAUCCCCAGCUUCUCCCUCCAACACCAGAGCAUCACUCGUACAAAUGAAAGCAAAAACCUGUAUCAGCAGCCAUAACCCUGUCAACAGUAACUCAAAGCCAUUCAGAGCGCCCAAAGACAAUCUACUUACCUCCAACAACAAGCAAAACGCGGUGUUCUCUUCAAAAGUAUCAAGAGACAAACCAUGCGGUCCUGUUCCUGUAGUGAGCCUCGAGAAAAUCCCAAAUCUUGUGAAAGCAGAUGGUGCCAAUGUUAAAAUGAAUUCAGCCACUAACUCCUCUUCAGCGGCAUCUUCGUCAUCCUCCCUAGCAAAACAGUCUGUGGUAACGAAGCCUGUACCCCCUUCACCAGAAAAGAUCCUCAAUGGGAAAGGAAUAUCAUCUUUAGACAAAAAGCAUCAAAAUGGUACCAAAAGCAGCAACAAGCCUUACAAAAGAAUCUGUGAGAGAGAAUUUGAUCCAAAUAAGCACUGUGGAGUACAGGAUCCUGAGACAAAGAAGCCGUGUACAAGAUCUCUCACAUGCAAGACACAUACACUUAACCACAGACGAGCAGUUCCAGGUCGUAAGAAACCAUUUGACAUUCUGUUAGCUGAACACAAGGCUCGAUCAAGGGAUAAAGAGGUAUUAAAAGACAAAGAUCAUCCACAGAAUGUACGAGAAACGCAUCAAAACCAGCCUGCACCAACGCAAGAACAGUCAUCAGUGUUGUCUGCUAACUCUGCUUUGGAACCAAAAGUGACAUCACCUGCAAAAGCCCGACCUCCUAAUUCUCUCCUACCUAGACCAUCUUCUGCAAACAGCGUAAAUAGCUCAAGUUCAUCAAACCACAGUGCUUUUGUGCCAGAGCCCACUGUAAAUCCUGCAUCGGGGGAUCUGGCCAGUCGGCUUUCAAGCGAUGAAGGGGAAAUUGAAGGUGUUGAAGAAACAGAAAAAUUAGACUGUUACUACUCUGGACAUCACCCUAAACCUCUUGCGUUUUGCUCAUUUGGAAGCCGUUUGAUGGGAAGAGGGUACUAUGUGUUUGAUAGACGGUGGGAUCGCUUUCGGUUUGCAUUAAAUUCCAUGGUGGAGAAACACUUGAAUUCACAAAUGUGGAAAAAAAUUCCUCCAGCCGCAGAUAGUCCUAUGCCUCCUCCAGCACCACAUAUCAGCAGCUCAUUUCCUGCAUCUGUUCUGCAGCCAUUCAGCAGUCCGAGUUCUGUAUACCUCCCCUCCCCUCCCACCAACUCCAGAACCACAUCCUCAUCCUCAUAUAUAUUAUCGAAUGCGUCCUUUGUCUCAACAUCGGACACAAACUCUGUUACAUCACACACCACUGCGUUCCCCCAUGUUGCACCAUCUUUGAAUAUUAUGGACUCUACUUUUAAAGCCCCUUCUGCUGUUUCCUCUGUACUGGCCACCAGUCCCUCACCAUCACACAAGCCACCAAAAUCCAAACCUGGGAAAUCUUCAAAAGCAAAAGACCUGUCUUCACGGAGCGACGAGCCUUCAAGUAACAAAAAGAAAAAGCCUCAGACGCCUUCUUCCACCUCUUCCUCCUCUUUACCUUUACAGACGUCCUCCUCGUCUACGUUUUCAGGGUCCCACAAGAAAAACUGCGUUUUGAACUCUAGUGCUACAAUAAACUCUUAUCAGGCAACUUCUUCCUAUAAUAAUGUGUCUGUGCACAAUGCAAACAAUGGAACAAGCCCAAUUAGUGCCAAACUGGAAUCCCCAGUAAGGACUUCUUUGUCUGGUAGCUCAACGGACUCCAUAAAACACAUGAGCAUGGUUGUUAGCAGUAUUGACUCUAGCCUGUCAGUGUCUUCUCUGGUGCACCAUCCUGGGGAGCACACAUUGGCAGUGCACAAUGCAGUGUCCUCGCUGCCUCUUCCCUUUGACAAAUCUGAGGGGAAAAAGCGUAAAAACUCUAGUGCAAGCAGUAAGGCCUGUAAAAUCACUAAAAUGCCUGGUAUGAACAGUGUUCACAAAAAGAGCACCACCAACCUUAUCUCUUCUGUGCCAGAUCCCCCAAAUAGCUCUAUGUCUCGACAGAUGGGGAAAAGUAGCAGUGUAGCUUUGUCACAAUCUACUCCUUCAAGUACAUCAAAUCCUGUACACAACAAGCAAAAGACUUCGAAUCGUGCCGGCAGAAUAAGAACACUUCCAUGACACUGGGAGAUAAUUGGACGAUUACUCUGAGAUCUCAGCAGGCGCCCAUUAAGCUUUUCACUUGCAGUGGGCAGGGACAGUGUCGCCUUUCAUAACUACAUGACAGAGAUGUGUUAGUCUAAAGUUUACAGAACCAAACUGGGUGUUUUUGCUUUGUCACUUAGUUUGUGUAUUACUUUUCCUGUAGAAAUCCUUCUCGAUCUCAAAGGUAUUUUAGGAGAAAAGCAAAAUCUGCCUUGAAACCCUUUCUUCCUCUUCCCCAACUUCUGACAGUAAAAAGGUCACAUCAGCAAUGUCUGUACUUAUUUAUGUUUCCUCUUUUCUUUCCCGAUACAAGUCAUUUCUUUCAAUUCCAUUUAAAAAAAGUUACUGCAGCUGAGACAAUAUGGCACUUGAUGAUAUAAUCAUAAAUGAUUCCAAACUAAUACGUUGAAGAAAAGCCAUGUGGAUUGUCACUGAUAUCUGCGUGAGGUCCAUUUCUUUGGAAAGGUUGUACAUGUAUUACCAGAAUACACAGCGGUGUAAUGUGUAGUAGCUUAAUUUGUAAUGGGAGAUGUUCUGUUACACAAUGUUAUUCACAUUAUAGUGUGUUCUGGGAUCUAAGAGACAAUUGCGAGCCAGCCUUCUUCAUUUGAUGAAGUCUUCCUCAGUUUCUGGUUACCAGUUCCUUGGAUAAAGCAAACUUUUAUAGUCAAAUGAAAAAAAGCAGGAAAAAU